CGGCGAUCUUCUCGAGUUCUUCCUUCGCCAGCAAGAAAUCUUCACUCAAAGUAGCCUCUCCAUCCCAACCCAACAGAGCUUUACAUAUUGUCUCGGGCCACGGCAUCGACCGGCUAUUGUGAUCGUCCAGUACGAAGAUGACCCGGAGACUGUCAAAGUUGUUGAAGCUGCCAUCCACGCCACACUUUUCACGUAAAAUAUCACAGAAUAUCGGCCGAUCCGCUGCUGCCACAACUGACAAUAAAAUCAGAGAUUCCCGGAUCUUCCGCAGCAGUUCAGAGCUGGCGUCGCGCUGGAGCUUUGGCAACGUCACCAACAACCAAUCGUCGUCUUGAUAGUCACUAGGAGCAGCAUGCUGCGGUGAAUUGCUUAGCUGCAGACGUCCACGCAGCCACUUGCACCACGGGAAGAGCACCCGCCACGAGUCCAUUGAGGAGAUCUAGGAAUGAAGAAAGAUACCGAAGAAUCAGGAAUAUGGCGCCAAGUGAUAUGAUUGGGUUUUGGAGUGGGAACUUUGAUCAAUUAUAAGAGCCCCCUACGUAAAGCGUUAACGAACCCGCCAGUGAAAUUGAUAAUAGAAGCUGGAGAUGUAUUGCAAAGUGAACUUUACGUUUGCGACGGAAGCGACGAAUUUAUGUAGAUAUGCAUACAGUGCAGCCACUUAGAAAUCCACAAACCCAGCGGCACCAACGACAAUCAAUGGUUGAGAAGAAGAUCAACACUCAAUCGUAGUAAAUCCCGUUCAUACAGAUCUCGAAGAGCGAACCAUCUCCAAGCCAUCUCUGAUCCCGGUGCCGCCGCUCAACAAAUCUCUCCGAAUCUCGCUUUAUCUGCGGUUCAUUCCCCAACUUGACAAGUCAUGAAGACCGCUUUCGUCACUGCCGCAUCGCUUGCUUUAGCAUUGGCAUCCAGUCCUGUAGACGCAUCUGAAAAUGUUCACCGCAAACUUAUUCUCGGUGGCUCGGUCGUCAAGGCUAAAGCCAAGACAUACACAGUUGGUCUCCGGAGCUCCGAGGACGGCGAGAGUUUCUGCGGUGGAUCUCUUGUCAGCCCCACGCAUGUGCUCACUUCUUCUCAGUGCGCCCCUAAAAACAUCCGCUGGGCGUCAAUUGGGUCUCAUUACCUCAGCGGAACCAAAGAUGGAGAACAGAUUAAGGUUGCGGCGGUCAUGAAUCACCCUAAUUUCUCGGUAAAUGUCGACUUUAGCGCCGAUUUCGCGCUCUUAGAGUUGGAAACAGUGAGUUCGUUCAAGCCUGUGAAGCUCGCUGCAGCCGACGAUUCCGACUUCAAGGCUGGAGCGACAGCGACAACGAUCGGAUGGGGGUUAACGGGUGAGAACGGCGUCAUGUCCAAGGAGCUCCGCAGCGUCGACUUACCUUUCAUUAGUGACAAGGAGUGCCAACAAGUGGCUGCAAUUGACAGCACGAUGGUGUGUGUAGACGGCGUGAUCAGCGAGGGCGCCUGCGCCGGGGACACUGGAGGACCGCUUGUCGUGGAAUCUGCUAACGGUGGCAACGAUGUACUCGUUGGUGUUGUGAGCUGGAGCAAAGAUAAUGCCUGCGGACAAGGACCCUUUUACCCUGGUGUCUACUCUCGAGUGUCACGCGCUCGUAGCUGGAUUGAUCCUAUCAUCGGUAGUUCGUGCUUCGACUAA